AUGGCGGCUUCAGAUCCAGCUGUUCCUGCAUCUCAAAAUGCCGCACCUCCAAUCAACGUGCUCAAGCCACUCCCUCCGGUCGAAGCUUCGAAACGGCGAGCUGCUUACAAAGCGGUAGAGGACCACUUUGAUGUAUCCUACAAAUAUAUUGGCAUUGGUUCUGGGAGCACGGUCGUCUAUGUUGUCGAGGCAAUUGCUGCCAAAGGACGGGACAUUACUUCUAAAAUGAUCUUCAUUCCAACAGGCGAUCAAAGCAAGCAAUUGAUUAUUGAAGCUGGCCUUCCAUUGGGCGGUAUUGAUUCGCUACCCCCGGUUGACUCGACUUACACGAAGAUGGACGGCGUUUCGGCCCUCGAAGUGGCCACUGGUGUGACGGAUCUAGGCUUGAAGGGAAUGCGCCAAUGCCUUGACGUGGCUUUCGAUGGUGCUGAUGAGAUAGAUGAAGACCUUAAUUGCAUUAAAGGAGGGGGUGCGUGUCUGUUCCAGGAAAAGCUUGUGGCGACGGCAGCGAGGAAGUUUGUCUGUGUGGCAGAUUCUCGCAAACUUCAGCCGCGACUAUUAACUAAGUGGAAGGCCAUUCCAAUCGAGAUUGCGCCCCUAGCUGCCCCAACUAUAAAACGAAUCCUUAUCACCCUUGGCUCUCCGGACCCUGUAAUUCGGCAAGGUGGGAGCGCAAAAGCCGGCCCUGUGGUCACAGAUAACGGGAUGUGGAUAAUGGAUGCCCCGUUUCCACCUUUACUUUUGCCCUCUGAUCUCAAGGACGGGCACAAGGGAGAUGGAGAACAUGGCAUCUGGGAGGUACAUCAGUUGGGACGAAGAUUGAAACGAAUUGUCGGUGUCCUAGAAGUGGGUCUUUUCUACGGCAGGAAUGGUAUUCAGGUCGCCAACGCUGGGGAAGAGGGUGGCGGGCAAAAGCCUGUGGCAGCAUACUUCGGUAUGGAGGACGGAGAAGUUGAAGUUAGAACUGCCAAGGAGAUUCAUGGAGUGAAGUCAAGACCCUGA